AUGCGUCCACAGUCACUUUUGACUCUUCUGGUGCUCACAUGCAGCGUCUUCGCGGCUUCGACACCCCCGAAGUUUUUGGACUUGCCGUUGAGCAACGCCAAUGGUGAGCUGCGUGGAGGCGUAAACCCAUCACUUCCGUAUGAAAAGACGACUCUCGAAAUCGCGCUUAAUGACGCAAGGUCCGCUGGAGUACCACCGACCAGAUACCGCGCGCUGCUAUGGCAGUACUGGAUUGUGCAUGCAACGGAAGAUGCGGGAAUCUUGUUGAGAGACUGGGAUCCGCAGCGAAGCGCAACCGAGAACCGCGCCGUCAUCUUCUCAGUCUACAACUACUAUUCAGCGCUUUAUCUCAGGUAUCCGGAGUUACGCUGGAUGGCCUUUGCCAACAUUGCUGGUUCUGCCUUCGCAGCGGGCAUGUUCGAUCUCGGCGGACUGCCAACGGCUGAAUGGUACGCCUCAAUGUUGAUGUCAAUGCAAAAGCACAUCUUCAUGGAUAUUGCCACAAUGCAUGUUGCUUAUAUUAAGGGUGGCUUAGCAGCCGUAGAGGAGAUGCGGGAUGCUGGAUUAAUCGAUGCGGAAACCACAUCAGCAUGGGCAGAUCCUCCAGGCGCGGUACUUCGAUUCUCUUAUCGUGAGCAGAACAUUGUGAUCGCUCAGCAGUUUAACCGUUUUCGAGGACGCUUACCAUGGGGAGAGCUGAUCACAUACGGCAUGACUAUUAUAGGACCAAUGCCUGUACCUGGGGGGAAGACCCCGGGUGAGUAUAAGCCCCUACUGUGUGGCCCAUUGCCCGCGUUUAACUACGCGGAUCAAGAGGCACGCUGGGACUUUCUUAGCCACGACACGGUGCCUGCUUACUUGCGUCUUGAUUCUGCCACAGUACGCGGCAUUGUGACACAGCCUUUUGCUAAACGUGUCGACGGCUUCCGGACCGCUCACCGUCUUGUGGAUAUCAUUCUCGCUCAACUCAACGCAACCGGUUGUGGGCUCUUGGCACAUAUUUAA